AUGGAGAACCGACUCGGGGUGGCCGUCCCCGUGGUGUUGGUCAAGGUGAUCGUCAGCGACGUGGUGCUGGACGCCGUUGUGGUGUGGAACGACGUCGUGGACGUGCCUGACGAGGUGUCGGUGAAACUCUGUGUGACCGUCGAGCUGCGGGUGGUCGUAUGGGUCACCGUGGUGGUUGACGUUUUCGUGGUAGUGCGGGUGCUGGUAGAUGUCACGGAUGUCGAAAUGGUUGUGCUCGAGGUUCCAGUAAGCGAAGUCUCGGAGGUCGAGGUCAGCGUUGACGUGUGCGUGAUGGUCGUGGUGGAAGUUUUCGAGCUGAGAGUCGUCGAAGACGCUGUUAUCGUAGUCAACGUCGUGGUAGACGUCCCGGUUGUCGCGGUAGCGGUCUCGCUGAUGGUGCUCCCAGUGGUGAAGGACGCGGUCGUGGUGGAAGACGCGGUCGUGGAGGUCAGAGUGAGCGACGUCUCAGUACGCGAAGACAGCGUCGUGGUAGAGCUGCCGCUGCUUGUACUGACACUGGUUGAGCUAGAGAAUGUCGAAGAUGAGGUCGAACUCAAAGUGACUGUAGAAGCGCUCGUGGUGGAGCUUUCCGUUGUCGAGCUCGCACUGGUCGAGGAUACGGUCGUGCUGGAGCUCUCGGUGGUGGAAGUCGGAGUGGUUGAACUCAAGGUGAUGGUGGAGCUGUCCGUUGUCGAGCUCGCACUGGUCGAGGAUACGGUCGUGCUGGAGCUCUCGGUGGUGGAAGUCGGAGUGGUUGAACUCAAGGUGGUUGUAGAAACGCUCGUGGUGGAGCUUUCCGUUGUCGAGCUCGCACUG